AUGCCUACAUUUCAUGAUGUGAUGACGGCCCACAAGGCGAUCCGUAACUAUGUACAUGAAACCCCAAUCCUCACAAGUAACGCAUUACGGCAGAAAUCCGAUCAUGAAGAGAUUGUAUUGAAAUGUGAGAAUCUCCAGCGUACAGGGGCCUACAAUCUCCGUGGUGCGGUAAAUCACGUGAUUCAUAGUAAACAGAUGGAUCUUGGAAUCAAUCACUUUGUGGCACGAAGUUUGGGAAAUCACGGCAUUGCCGUUGCCCUUGCGGCCAAUGCCUUUGAUGCCACUGGCCACAUUGUCAUUCCCCCCAACCCCAGUGAUAUUGUCGUGAAGUCUAUUCGUCACUACGGUGGACGCAUGUACCCGUGCGGCCCCUCCGCCGAUGAGCAGAUGCAACUCGUGCAGCGGAUGAUGGAUUCCACCACUGCGGGCGGCGGGGUGCGGGAGAAGGGCGAAGAGGCGAGCAGUUGUGUGUACGUGCACCCGCAGGAUAAAUGGGUGGCCGCCGGGCACGGCACUGCGGGCGUGGAGUUGAUGCUGCAGACGGACUGCCGGCUGGACGCGGUGGUGGUGCCCGCCGCCGGGGCCGCUCUGCUCGCCGGUGUGGGACUCGCCGUGAAGGGAAUGAAGCCAAAUAUAGCCGUCUACGGAGCCCUCAACACCGAUGAUGAGGAGAACCAGGAAAUGAAGAAGAAUGACAGUAAAGCUCAUAAUAAGAAUGGUAAAAAUAAUAAUAAUAAGAGAAAUGGCAGUGAGUUUAAGUUGCCCCCUGUGAUUUCCGAUCAUACAUCUGGGGCGUCACUCCCGUCGGAAUUGCUUGGGACUAUGACCCCAGAAGUGGCGGAAUGUGUGGAACGAAAUGUGGAUGGAAUUAUUUGUGUGAAUGCCGCUGCAACACGAUACGCCUUUCGUUUUGUGUAUGAACGCUGCAAAUUGGUGAUUGAUGCUGAAGCCGCAACGGCCAUAGCGGCAGUACUGCAGAGACCGAAGGAACUGACGCGUUAUCGGCACAUUGGCAUUAUUCUCUCAGGCGGGAAUGUCAUAUUGGAUGAUAUUCCGAAAUUGUCACGUCUAUAG